UGCAGAUUACGAGCCGUCAUGACCGAUCUCUCCCCCUCCAUACCUAUCGCCGAGCUCGAAUUACCGCUGGAAUCAUGCGUACAAGGUGUCAACGCCGCAGCAUACUCCGCCCAUCUACACGCUAUCAAUUAUCUUCGUGACUGGUCCAACCAUCAGAUCGACGUUACUACCGCGGGAUAUCUGGCUGUAGCCGAGGAGGCGUGGAGCGAGGAUUUGGAUGGGAUCAGAGCGCAGCACGAGACGGGAUUCGACAAGGUCAGAAGGGGAUGGGCGGAGAUGCGGUUCCACUGGCUCAGACUACUCCUCCAUCUCCCUCGCAUGUCCCUCUCUCCCGGCCGAGCCAAUCAAGCUACCAUCUACUCUGCCCGGUCCGUCAUCAGCAUCCUCAACAUCCACACCGAAGCUGCUUUCAUCGGCAAGCUCGACCCAUCAUGGCCACAGCUCAAGCGUAUCAUCACAUGCGGCCAGGUCCUUGUGCUGUGCUGCGCUCGAGGAGAGGUGCAGCAGCUGGAGGGGGCGGAUCUCUUUACCAAGUUGAUUGCAUUACUGGAAGCGCAUGUGGAGUUUUGGCCAGUGGUAUACGGGGCGAUCGAGGGGUAUAGACAGGCAGCGGGAAAGCUCGGU